AAAAAAAAUUGGACUGUGAUGCUAUUUUUGUUGGCUUUCAAUAACUUCUGUUAAAUGCCUGGUCCUUUAAUCAAUUCAAAUUCUCAUAUUCUAUCUUUAAAAAAAAAAAAAAAGACAAAAAAUUGAGUUAUAGUGCUAGCGCUUGGCCUUCGCAAGAUAUCGGCAUUAAAAAAACCCAAACUUUCCAAACUUGCUACAGGAUGGAUAGUAUUGUUAUCAAUUUUGGUUUUGCAUUGCUGUUGCCUUUCAGCAAGAAGAAGAAAAACCAUCUUUAAGGGGAGAAUCGAGAUCCUUCCGAGGAAAAUUCUCAACCGUAAUAAUCAGAGCAAAAAAUAUCAAUGUUUCUGAAAAUCAUAUCACCAAGCAAGAUAAAAAUUAUGUUUGUUAUGCCAUUUAAAAUCUUCAAACGUGUCAUAAAAAGUGGGAAACAAUGGGCCUAGAGCUAAAUGUAAGUAUAUUCCAUUCUCGUCUCAAAUUGCUGCGUCUCCUCUUACUCCUGGCUGCCACAGUAAGCCGUCUUCCCCCUAAACUCAAUCAGAAAGGUUUAUAGGGCUGAUUAGAUUAGCAUAAGCAGCUGGGAGUAGUUAAUGGUCUUUGCUGGUGUUGAUAAGUAACACUGACUAAUUGGCCCGGGCCGGCCGCAGAGAGCCGACACCGGCUCACAGGAACAGACUGAGACAAACAGAACUGGAUCGGCGCCGUGUGUGAGAUGCUGAGGCUCGGAUGCGAUGAAGAGAGAGCUUCUGGAUGCUCCUGGCCGAGACGUGGACUUUAACUGAGGGACGGGAUUUGACGCUACUUUAGCUCCCUGCUCAGGGGUCAUCAGAGGUCAACCACUGUGGGGUGCAACUUCACUCAGGUCAAAUUUACUGGCGUCAACAUGAAUCGGCACGCCUUCACGCCCCUCCCAGCCAGACCCCCGGCCUACCCACUGAUGGGAUACCAGGACAGAAAUUUCGGCCUGCAGCCUCCCGGACGAACACAGAGGCCGUACUUUGACAGAGCCUUUCACCAAGCAGCGCAGAAGUCCUCCAGAUCCGCAACAAGAAGCAGCAGCAGUUGUCUACAUGUCUAUAUUGCAUGGAGGAUUUAUUACCACAAACAACUCAAGAAAAUGCAUCAGAAAUCCCAAAGUCUUCCUCAGGAGACGGUGAUGAAAUUUCCAAUCACAAACCUGCUAGACUUGGAGCAGCCUAAACAACCCCAGCCCUCCCGCAGACGCCCAUAUUUAGAUUCUGCGUUUAGAAGCACAGCAGGAAGAGAAAAAGCAAUAAAUGCCGGCCAUAACCCGAGCGAUCAACCGGAACCUCACCCAUCUACACCUGCUUUCCGCCCCAAUGAGAAAGCGGAUCUGGAGAGACCCAAGGGCUGCCAAACCAACCCGACGAGCGGCUCCCUCGACAGGAAGCGGCACCCGGAGGGCUGCAGCUCCGACGGCGUGAAGAGGCUGAAGCAGGAAGACGAGCGGCCUGACCCGUCUUUAUUCACUGCACCUUCUACAGACCCUUCCACAAGCAGGAUGCAGGCUCAGCCAACGAGCAUCAGCAGGCUGUGCGCGUCCUGUUGCUGCACAUGCGUCUCUUACCCGGGUACAGAGCUGCAUCUCUACCAAACUGCAUCAUGGGAGCAAGCAUGGAGCCACAGAGUGGAUGUCCAUCUGAGGCAGAAAGUCUUCAAAGAGUAUUUCUGUGAGCGGUUUCCGCCUACGUUGGCACCUCAUGUUUACUCUCCUCUGGACUCUGUUUACCUUCCAGACCAGAACACGCCCCCGUCGUUUCUGUCCCUGCUGUAGAGCAUAACUCUCAUUCUGGCUUUUUUCCUUCUGGACUUCUAAAAACCAGAGAGCUGAUCGUUUCUACAACAGAGAAUGCUUGUAGUCCUUAAUCUGCUCUAAAUGUUUUGAUGACAAAUGUCAUUCCUCUAAAAACCAGGUUUCUACAAGAGAGCCAAAAAAGACUUUUUAAAAAAAAAAAAAUAGUCUCAGAAAUUUUCUAGAAAAAGUUGGAAAUUUGAUACAAAACAAACUUGGAGUUUCAAAAAUUGAGAACUUUCAACCAUUGAAAUUUCCAAGUUUUGUCUAGAAAAUUUCUAGAUUUUUUUUUUAAGAUCUACAAUGGCCUUAAUACGACAUAGUAGUUUCAUAUUCAGUUUUAAUUUGCUUUAAAAUAUCACUUUUAAGUUGUAAAGACACCCAUGGCUGGCUAAGAACACAAAUAUUAACCAGGAAUUCUCAUGCAUUGCAUUUCUUGGGUUCUUCGUUUGUUUUAUUUUGUUUUUUUUUAUUUGAUGGAGUACGAUUUUAAUACAGAUAUUCUGUUUGUUUUUUUUUAAGCCCAACCACUCAGCUCACAAAUACCUCCUAGCAUAAGGCAGGUUUCUCCAUUUUGCUAAUGGAGAAACAAGCAAAUAUCAAAAUGAAACCCUCAGACAAAACCACUUUAAAAGACUAAAUUAAUUUUGCUACUUAACUGUAGCAAAAU